ACUAAAAAAGCUGUCAACGCAUCCAUCCAUCAAAAUAAAAUAGCAGAAAAAUUCACACAAUCAUUCACAAACUUUUGGCUUCCUUCUCUAAAUUUUCCGUUUCAAUAACUCACAAACAUGGCUUCAAAAAAGUCAAACGACGUACCUGCAAACCAAGAAUUAAGAUUAGUAAAACAGAAUAUUCCUGUACAGCUUACUGAUUUAUCCAUAUUUGACAAUACAUACGCUUACAUGAAGGAGCGGUUCACCGAGGAGAUGAGACGUAUUGAACAGCAGAUGAACAAAUUCAGCACGGAUCUGACGAAGCUUUACGGUCAGACUUCCACGAUCCAAACAGGUAUUGUGCAGAAUGCUGACAGUGUGUUCACUAACUGGGACGUAAUCACAAAUUCUCCCCUAGUACAGGGGGAGGGGGAGGAUAAGAAAUUGCAGUUACAAUUUGAUGUCAGCCAAUUUGAUCCGACAGAGAUAUCUGUAGAAGUGGGAAACGAUUUACUGGUCGUCUCAGCGAACCAUGAGGAGAAGACCUGUGAUUCCAUGGUCUACCGCGGGUAUAAUAGAGAGUUCAAGCUGCCUCCAGGAACAAACCCUGAACAGGUGGUGUCCUCAUUGUCUCGGGAUGGGGUCCUUACCGUACAGGCUCCACUACCAUACCUAUUACCAAACUAAAAAUAAGAAGAUU